AGGACGUUUUGAGGGUGGUCAUUCGCAAGGCUGACCCAGUGCCGCUCCCAGGUGUUGAACCUAUCACAGCUGUCGACCGGGAUGACCUCGGGAUCGCUCCGCCAGGUGCACAGGAGCAGGAGGUUGCGGAGCAGCUCUUGGGCGACUUCUUUGCGGAGCAGGUUCUUGCUGAUGGUCAGGACCCACACGAGGCGGCGCGAGAGGAUGGGCGAGGGGAUUACGCGGCAGAGUCAGACAGUGACGCAGAUUUAUGAGGGGAUCGCGCCACUCUCACGGCGUGCGCUCGCGCUGCGUCUCUAUCUUAGUUACCCUUGACGGCUCAGCCGCCUAGUACUCGCGUCAUAUCAUUUGUGUCCCUCUACUUCUACCAUAUCACUUGUUUCGUUCCCUCUACUUGCUUCUACCUCUAACAUUACCGGGAGACGCAGACCCAGACGGCGCGCUUUUGAAUGGCAGCGAUGACCUCGCUGAGCAGCAACAUGCGGCACCCGAGAAAGUACCGCGGAAGCCGAUGGGUAGCCAUGUCAAGAUUUCGACAGACUACUACUCCGUAAUUCAGAAUCCUAGCUACCCAAACUGCGUCUGCAUUCUACGCGAGUUUCUCACCGUGCCCAGCGUACUCGGCAACAAGAUGAAGUCGAAGACCGUGCUCAUCCGAAAGUAUGACGAUGAAGGAUACCCCAACACGCUCCUAGUGGCAGAGGCUUGGGCCUUGGCGCGUCUAGGAACCUCGAAGUCCACAUACAUGCGGGAGACGGCGGAGCGCCAAGACUUCCUACGAAUGAAGGCGGACUUCCUUCGCGGUCGUGUCGCCGAUCCAAGGACGAGCGAAGCAGCGAGGGGGGCCGUCGAGGAUUACCUUGCUCAGAUCGUGUGGGCUUAG